CUUGUUACUCCUCAAGGAACUCAUUUAAUUUCCUGGAAGGCUUACUAUGACAACUUGGUUGGACGACGUGGCCCUGGUCGUAUCCCUUAUUGGUAUAAAGAUAUCCAGCAAGCUACCACUAUUCCUGACACCAACAAUCGUUUGCUGGCUCAGUUUAUUACUACACCUACGAUUGACUCUUCAUUUUGUGAAUUGGCUCCUUGCCUAUCCUCUCCUCCCACUACAAAAAAUUGGAUUGUUACGUUAGAUGACUACGGCUCUCCCAUUUUUGGCAAACAACUUUUGGUCCAAGCAAGUCGUGGUACUUGUUCUAUUGUUCACUGGGUUUCCCCUGAUUGCGAAUCUUCGCCUGGUGAUCUCAUUAGACUUUCUCCUUGCCCUGGUUGUGCUGCUCAUAUUCCUUUGCCUCCUUCCAAAAAACGGAAUGCUGAUUUAACCCUUUGUACGCCUACGGUAUCUCUACAACAUUCGCUUAUUCUGCCCACCAUCAAUGAGCGAAUUAGACAUAAUACUUUUGAAGUGACUUCUUCUUUUACUUGGGCUGAUAUAGAAGAUGCUCUCGCUCCUCCUAUCACUAUUGAAUCCUCAGCUGCUGCUGUUUUUGCAAAUUCCCCGUUGGUCGUGUCUUCAGACUCACGUUAUAUCUUUUUCACUGAUGGGUCUCUUAUUAAUCUAGGCACUCCUGAUGUUUCUAUGGGCUGGUCCUGGAUGCAAAUUGUUCCAGAUGCUAGUUUUCCUAACUUCAUUGCCACUUAUGCUCACGGCCUUAUACGAGAUAAUCCUUCUUCUUCUCGAGCUGAAGCUGCCGCUAUUUACGCAGUUUUAACCAUUUCACCUCGCGACUCAGAAGUUACUAUUUAUACUGACUCGCAAACUGCCAUUGAUGGACUUCGAAGUUGCUCUUCCUAUGUCUACUCAAAUAGCCGUCUUUACUAUAAAACAACAAAUUUCGAGCUUUGGGCUAUUAUUGAACGAACCAUCCUUUCCAAGAAUUUAACAGUUCUUCCUGUCAAAGUUAAAGCUCACUCUGGCAAUUAUUUAAAUGAUUUUGCUGACUCCUUGGCCAACACUGCUCACACUGCGUCAUCCAGUAUUUUGAUUUCUGGCAUGGACCUUGCCUCUGCCCAUGAUUUUGUUUUGACUUAUGACAACGACGUCGUUUGUGAAUCUAACCCGCGACACCUUCUCAAACAAUAUUAUCAAACGCAGUUAAUGCGUGAAUUGUUAAAUUUAACGCGAUUUCACUUUACUUCUUUAUUAUCAUCUAAUAUAGAUUAUAUUGUCGACUGGGAACUUACUUGGUUUACUUUGAAUUUCAAGCCCUCUCAUGAUGCAUCUUUUACUAUUGAGCAUGCUUCAAGACACCUAACCUUUAAAUUCAAACUUUUCUUGGAUGAUUUACCCACAUUGGAAAAGCUUAAGCGGACUCGACCAGACUUAUACAUGGAAGAAUUAACUUGCCGUUCUUGUAUCGACCACAUGGAAGACCUGAUGCACCUUUUUAUGUGCAAAAGACGUCGCCUACCUAUGCAACAAAUUCUCCAAUCUUAUCAAAACCAUUUGAUUUCUAAAAUUCAAGAAGCUGGAAAAUUGGCUGAUAUUGAUCCUACUCCAUUUAUAGUAACACUCACUUCUCUUUCAUGCUGGUCCUUUUCUUCUACAAAUUGGUCCUCUUAUGCCCUUGUCCGUGGUUGUUUACCCAAACUUUUUAUUGACUUAUUUGUCGAUUUAUCUAUUCCAAGAAUCUCCGCGAUUAAGCAAAAGGAUCUUCACCAUAAUUUAGACCUUUAUGAUGAUAAUCCAUCUUUGGAAACUGAAAAUCAUAAAUUACGUACGAUAAUAGCCAAUUUGCGUAAUAAAAACACGAAGUUGGAAAAAACAAACGUAGAUAUUUCUAAGAAAUUAAAAGGCUUAAAAGAGGAUUUCAAUAUGCUUAUGGAAAUUAACGAUGCAUUCGGUACAGAAAAUGAAGAAUUAAAAAGAAAAAUCAGAGCAAGUGAGAUCGAUGAUAUCGAAUCCAAGCAUCUUUCUAAAAAAGCUAAGGGCAAAAGAAGCGUAGUCCAAAUAAAUGACGAUGACGAUAAAGACGAAGAUGUUGAUGACGACUUGAUGGAUUCCAAAUCAAAUGCAACCGAAGAAUUACCCAAAGAGCCUAACGAAAGAGAAGCAAGGGAUCUGUUAAAAAUUCUGGCAAAUCGUGCAUAUCAUUCACCGGAAGUGAGUGAAACCGAAGAUGAAAUGGAACAAACGGCGCAGCAAUUGCGAUCUCGGAAUUAUGAUAACGAGAUACAAUGCUAUGAUAAAGUAUCACCAGAUGAUGCUCCCGAUUGGUCAUAUAUUGAUCAACCGGAUAUGUUAUAUGACACAGAAUAUACAGACGAUUUAAAUAUUGAUGAUGAAGAUUUAGAUGCAAUUUUGGAAGAUAAAGCGGAUAAAUCAGAAAGUUUUAUGCAAGAAGAUUAA